UCCCGCGCCCUCCGCCUCCCGCUCUCCCCGUCCAAGCCUGGCCGGGAGGACAGGGCCGCUAUUGUCUGGCUCGGCGGCUCCCUCUCCACCUCUGGCACCUUCCCCACGCGUCUCCCGACCAGACAAACCUGUUUUCGUUGCUGCGAAGGCAUGUCCCUGGGGAAGCGGGAGGGUGGGGCGGGCGGCAGAGGAGAAGCCAGCGGGCAAGUCAGCACAGCACCGCUUCCCUCGAGCUCCUUCGUCUCCCCCUUCUCCUCCUCCUCCCUCCGCCGCCCGUGCAGCCGGCGCACAGACGAGGGAUUCAUACACGCCCGCCCGCGCCGCGCUGGCCUGGGGCUACCCAGAGGCAGCUCCGGCUCAGGCAGCUCCAGCAGGUGCCGGAGAUGAAGCGAAUAAAUCUCCCGGCGGAGGGGGAGACGCGGGGCAGCGCCAAGCGGAGGCACGGCCGCUGAGGCGCCUCCCGGGGCCCGGCAGCGCUGGGCAGCGGGGCUUCGUCGCGGAGGGCGCCGAGGCAGGAGGGAGGGGAGACCUCCCUGGAGCUGCAGCUGCCGCCAGCGGGGGACACCAGCGUGCCAAUGAGGUUUGAGGCCCGGCCUUGCCCUUGGGGAUGGACUACCGGCCCCGGCCUGACUUCCAGCCGCACUUGACCUCGCUGCCGUACCGUCACGCCAGCGAGGGCAUGGGGGUCCUCACCGUGGGUGAGCCCCAGGGCCCGGCCAGGCACCACGUGGCUGUCUGCAAGCAGGAGAGCCUGUCCUUCGUGGAGCUGCCCGCUCUCCAGCCGCCGGCUCCAGGGGAUCGCAGCCUCUUCCAGAGCUCCUCCAAGGACCAGGGCCCGGAAAGCCCCCCGCCAUGCCCCAAAGGCUGGCCCCCCGCCCCGCAGGGCUACCUAGACUUCUGCCACGAAACGGGCUGGAUCCCGGACGCCUGGGUCCCCUCUGGAAGCUGCGCCGGGGACGGGGGCUCGCAGCCCGGGACAGCAGGGCUCUGCGCCCAGCAGGGCAGGCAGGUGCAGGGCAAGGCGGACAGCUGGCCCCACGGCUGCCCCUCCGAGGUGUCCGGCUCUUCACCCUCAUCGCUCAGCGACUCUUCUCUCCACGAGCUCCUCGGCGGGCCGGCCGCCCAGCGGCGAGGGUCCCAGGGGACGGGCAAGGAGAAGCUGGCCUGGAGGAAGAUCCGGGUCUACUCCCCGGACAGCCCCAGCGACAGCAGCCCCAGCCUGGAAGGGGACACAGGAUCCCCGUGUCCCGAGGCUACGCGGCGCGCGGGGGAGCUCACGCUGGGGGAGAUGGCACUGCGGGCGCUGAGGCCGGCUCCGGAGGGGUAUCCCUGCGAGGUGCCUGAGACGCUGGACCUGGCGCUGCCCCCGCACGCGGGCGGCCGGAGCGCCAAGGCCUCGGUGGAUCAGGAGAGGAGACGCUUCUCCGCCUCGGAGCUCGUGAACCGGCUGCAGCUGUCUCAGCGCCGCAGCACCUUCUCCCUCAAGCUGGGCAAGUCCCUGUCCGCUCGGAGCGCUGCCAAGGAGAAAGGAGCUGGGGCAAGCCAGGAAGGGAAACUGGGAGGACGGGAGCGGAGCUGCAGCGCCGACGAGCAUCCGCCCCCAGGCAGCGACGGCGGGAACGGCUGGCCCAGGACCAAGGCGGAGCAGGAGACCCCCGGGGGGGCCUCGCUGAAGCACGAGAGGCGGCAGUCCCGGUUCCUCCUGAACUCCAUCCUGUACCAGGAGUACAGCGACGUGGCCAUCGCCCGGGAGAUCCAGCGGCAGAAGCGGGAGGACGCGCUGGCAGAGGAGGAGGACGAGGCGCUGGCGCCGCCCAAGACCAACCUGUCUCCCAGCAGCUCCUUCCGCUCGCAGCGUGCGUCCCGCGGCUCCACCUUCUCGCUGUGGCAAGACAUCCCGGACGUGCGGAGCAGCGGGGUCCUCAGCACCAUCAGCCUCCAGGAGUGCAAGCUGCAGGAGGCCAAGUUCGAGCUGAUCACCUCGGAGGCCUCGUACAUCCACAGCCUGUCCAUCGCGGUGGACCACUUCAUGAACUCCCGGGAGCUGAACGAGUGCCUGGGAGCCCAGGAGAAGCAGUGGCUCUUCUCCAAGCUCCCCGAGGUGAAGGACGUCAGCGAAAGGUUCCUGCUGGAGCUGGAGGAGCGGCUGGAGGAGGACAUCCUGCUCUUUGACGUGUGCGACAUCGUGCUGCGCCACUGCCCCGCUUUCCGCCGCGUCUACCUGCCCUACGUCACCAACCAGGCCUACCAGGAGCAGACCUACCAGCGCCUGCUGCAGGACAAUGCCAAGUUCCCAGGCAUCCUGGCCAAGCUGGAAGAGGGGCCCGUGUGUCAGCGCCUGCCCCUCACGUCCUUCCUGAUCCUGCCCUUCCAGAGAAUCAUGCGCCUGAAGAUGCUGGUGGAGAACAUCCUGAAACGGACCCCACAGGGCUCCCGGGACGAGGACACGGCCACCAAAGCCUUCAACGAGCUCAAGAAGCUGGUGAAGGAGUGCAACGCCAGUGUCCGCUCCAUGAAGAGGACAGAGGAGCUCAUUCACCUGAACAAGAAAAUCCACUUUGAGAGUAAGAUCUUCCCGCUGAUCUCCCAGUCGCGCUGGCUCGUGAAACACGGGGAGCUGGUGGAAGUGGACGUGCCGCUGCUCAGCACGUUCGCCUCCAAGUUCAAGCUGUGCACCCGCACCGUGUAUCUGCACCUCUUCAACGACUGUCUCCUGCUGUCCCGACGCAAGGAGACGGGGAAGUUUGCCGUGUUUGUUCACGCCAAGAUGCCCGAGCUCAAAGUGACCGACCUGAGCAAGAAGCUCCAGGGGAUCCCAGGGCAGAUCUUCCACCUGCAGCUCUUCAACAACCAGAGCCUGAAGCACCAGAUCCUGCUGCGAGCGCAGACCGAGAGCGAGAAGCAGCGAUGGAUCUCGGCGAUGGUGCCCUGCAGCCCCCAGACGGACAAGGAGCACGUCACCGAGACCGCAGACAGCACCCAGGUGCAGUGCAUCAAGGCCUACAAAGCCCAGGAGCACGACGAGCUGACGCUGGAGAAAGCCGACAUCCUGGCUGUCAAGACCAGGACCAGCGACGGGUGGAUCGAGGGCAUCCGCCUGUCGGACGGCGAGCGGGGCUGGGUGCCCAAGGGCCACGUGGAGGAGAUCACCAGCCGCAGCGCCCGGCUCCGCAACCUGCGGGAGAACGACCGCCUCAAGCACGCCACGCGCAAGCUGGAGCAGGGCCAGGCCUGAGCCGCCGGGGCAGGCUCCGGGCACGCGCAGGACCCCUCCCCUGGACAGAGACCCGGGGCCAUGCCCGGGGGGUCCCCUGGGAACGAGGUCGGGGGUGCCUCUCCUUGCACGGACCUGCCGUCUCCUCCAGCCGCUGUCCUGGAGAGGGACACGCGGGCACCUUGGGUCCAGAUCCCGACUGGGUCCAGGGAGGCACAGCUGCAUGGCCGGUGCAGCGGGCAUCUCACCUCUGCCCCGAGUGCUGGGCGAGGGGCCAGGACCGAGCGAAGCCGAGCUCCCCUCAUCUAGCAGGGGACAUCUUCAGGCCCCUGCGGCUGUGUGGCUGCAGAGUUUCAAGGGAGCCCAAGGGAGUUAGGUGCCUGGAUGCCCUGGAGGGAGGAUGGGUGCCAGGGAAGGGCCCGACUCCCUCAGAAAAUCCCAGGAUGAUCGCCAGGGCCUGUCGUGCCUACCGAGGGCUGGGCUGAGACCCAGCGAAGCCACCGCAAGGACAAGACCCCUGGGCACGGGCGCAGGGGUGGGGGAGCAUCGGCCCCGGCAGGGCAGGGAGCUGCAGCCGAGGUGCCAGGCAGGGUCCUGAGGAACCUCUCUGUCAUUAUGGGCACCAUUAAAUGCCUCAGAUUUGCUGGCAGGGGAAGAAGGGCACGUGUCUCGCCAAGCUGUGCCGCGGCACCCACCGUCCACCCUAGCCUGGAAGUCUCUGGUCUGCCAGGCCCCUCUGUCCUGCCCCGUCUCGCUGUGCCAGGCCAGCUCUGCCCCGAUGCCCGCGGUCACUGUCCCCCAGCCCCUCAUCUGCCCCUGCCUUGGGCCCUGUGGCCCUACCCUGGAUCGGAGCAGCCCCGGGUGGUGGGGCCAGGCAGCGGCUGGGACACGCUGCAUCCAGCCCCCAUCCCACGGCAGCUGCAGGCACCGAUAUGCAGCUGGGGGCUGCACGGCCGCUCUCCGAGAGCCUCCUGGGGGAUUAUGGCCCAGGGCAGCCUCACCCGGUGCCUCGUGGCAGAGCUGGCGGGGAAGGAUCGAACAUGGACUCAUCUUCUGACCUGGGCACGACCACCCCUCACCGAGCCUUGCACCACAGCCACCAGGCAAAGCCGCUCCGGCCGCGUAUCCAGCUGUGCCCGGCCAGGAGGGCACGGGAAUUGAGCCAGGACAGCCCUCCGUCCUGCCUGGUGGCCUGGGCUCCUGCCCUGGGCCCAGAGACAGCA